AUGCCGCCCGCAAGGUGCUCUGGGUCAGCACUCUCGUUGGGCGUGGCGUCCGAGGGAGCGGAGCCCCCAGGGUCGCCGCACGCAUGUGCCUUCCUGCCAGCCAAUCAGAGACGCUCCCGGACGAGGCGAGGCCGGCUUUUCUGCGAGAAUUCUGACCUGCUUCGGAAUAGCUUCGAGGCUGUGAAGAGAAAACAUCGAAAAAUGGUGCCCUCUGGAAGAAAACAUACCGGGAAAUCUGGGAAGACAUUCAUGGAGGAUCAGGUUAUAAGAGCCUGUGACUUUGAGAAAGCAGAUAAAAAACAUCUGAUUGGUUCAGAGGAUGUCAUCGAAGGGAAGACUCCAGUACUUGAUAAACAUGGGAAGAAAAGGACUUCUGCAGGAAAAGUUGAAGACGUGGGGGGUGAAGUACAGAAUAUGCUGGAAAGAUUUGGAGCUGAUAUUAACAAGGCUCUUCUUGCCAAGAGAAAAAGACUAGAAAUGUAUACCAAGGCUUCUCUCAAAACCAGUAACCAGAAAAUUGAAAACGUUUGGAAAACCCAACAAGAGCAAAGGCAGAAGCUUAACCAAGAAUAUUCUCAGCAGUUUCUGACUUUGUUCCAGCAGUGGGAUAUAGAUGUGCAGAAAGCUGAUGAACAAGAAGAAAAACUAACUAAUAUGUUUCGACAGCAACAGAAAGUUUUUCAACAGUCUAGAAUUGUUCAGAACCAGAGACUGAAAACAAUUAAACAAUUAUAUGAGCAGUUCUUAAAGAGUAUGGAGGACUUGGAGAAGAAUCACGAUUAUCUACUUACUGGUGCACAAAAUGAACUUAGAAAAGAAAUGGCUAUGUUGCAAAAAAAAAUUAUGAUGGAAACGCAGCAGCAAGAGAUGGCAAAUGUUCGAAAGUCUCUUCAGUCCAUGUUAUUCUGA